UGGCGAGCAACCUUUUAACAUGAACAGCAAUUUCUGUUUGUAUUCUACGUUGGUGUUUCUAGCAAACGUUGCAUCAGUGAGUACUCCGCAUAAUUGUACCACGUAUAACCCGCAUCAAAUCAACGGAACUCAAGCACUGAAUACAACAAUAUGCCCCAAAGGGUGUACUUGCCACUACUGUCCGGAUAAAUUAGGCAUAUACAUGGUUCAUUAUGUAAAGUGUAAACGAGCCAAUCUUGAACGCAUCCCUUCAGAAAAUAUACCGGUUGAUGUUGGAGUUUUGCGCCUAGGACAGAAUCAUAUCACUACUAUUGCAUCUAAUGAUACGAGCAAUUUUCAUGGAAUGGUAUCAUUGUAUUUGAAUGAUAAUCAACUACAAUAUAAUAAUAUAGAUGAUCAUUCUUUUGAUAACCUUACUAAGCUAACAAUAUUAAACCUCAACUAUAACCGUGCUCUUUCACAUUUAGCAAGAGCUUGGUUUCAGAAAUUGGUGGGUUUGGAAAUUCUUUACAUUAGGUAUUCUUCAGUCAAAACUCUCCAAAGGGGUAUAUUUAAGAAUUGUGUUAAUUUAAAUAAAGUAUAUUUGUCUGGAAACCAGAUAGCAAAGAUUCCUAAAGAUACAUUUAGGGAAUUGCGCUUUCUAAAUAUUGUCGAUUUAUCACACAAUAAUAUAAAUCAUCUAAACGACGAUAUGUUUUUGGGCUCAAGAAAAAUAAGUGGCUUUUUUGCAGAAAACAAUCAACUAACGACAAUAGGCCAACAGGUUGGAAUUCAGAAUUUGACCAAGUUAUCUUUACUUGGAUUUGGGUAUAACCCUUUGAUUUGUGAUUGUAACCUUGUAUGGUUUUGUCACUGGAUAAAACAGACCAACGCAACACUGGUAGAUCCCGAUCAGCUUACGUGUGAAAACAAGAAUGGAACAACUCUAUUUGGUUUAGAUACAGAUCAUAUGCAAUGUUAUGGUGUUACGACAAUUGUUAUCAUUGCAGCAUGUUGCUCAGUCACUUUCGUCGCCGUUGUGUGUACAGUCAUAUAUGUGUUUCGGUGGGAUUUCAGAUAUUGGAAUCAGCGGCGGCUGCUCCGAAAACAAUACGAGAGGCUACAAAACGAGGGUCCGCCACCGAUUGACGGAGUACAGAUUCGAUAUGACGCGUUCGUCUCCUACAACAGCAAAGACCGUGAUUGGGUACUCAAGUCAGCCCUACCGAUACUGGAAGGUCCCGAGUUCAACUUUCGUCUUUGCGUUGACUUCCGGGAUUUUUUAGUCGGCGGAGUAAUCGCUGACAAUAUUUCUGAUGCUAUUAAGUAUAGUCGCAAAAUGUUGAUAGUUGUCACCAAGAACUUUGCUAAGAGUGAAUGGUGUUACUUUGAAAUGGAAAUGGCCAGAACACGUAUGUUUGACGAUCAUGAGGACAUUUUAGUGGUUGUAAUAUUAGAGCAUGUAGCGAGUAGGAACAUGCCGACAUUACUUCAGAAGAUCUUGAGAAAGAAGACCUACAUCGAAUGGACUGAAAACUCCGAUGGUCAGAAGGUGUUCUGGACACGCUUGGCAGCAGCUUUGAAUACUCCUAACGCUCAUCAUGACCGUCUAUUGAACUAAAAUGAGGUUAAAUACGAAAAAAUCAAAGAUAAUUAAGUGGUACCGUAUUAAGCUUAUUCUUUUGGUAAACUAUUUCCAAAGAAAAUUUUUGUCUCGCUUUACAAACUACUGUACUCGCGCGAAUAAGCACCCGGGCGCUUAAAAUAUUUU